AUGGCUUCUUCUCUUCUGACCAGCGUGCUGGCGCUGAGCUCAGUCGUGGGAGCAGCCAGCUCCAACUCUACCAACUGUCGAUGCUUCCCUGGCGAUUCUUGCUGGCCUUCGCAGGAUGUCUGGUCCAGCUUCAACAAGACGGUGGAUGGGCAGUUGGUGGCGACCGUGCCGUUGGGGAAGCCCUGCCACUCUCCCAGCUACGAUGCGGGGGUGUGUAACUCGUUGCGCGACAAAUGGGAAUACCCUGAAAUCCACUAUGAUUCCACCUCGUCGAUUAUGGCCCCAUUCUUCGCCAAUGGGACUUGCGAUCCUUACCAUCCUGUCUCGAAGCCGUGCACGCUGGGCAAUUAUAUCGUCUACGCGGUGAAUGUCACCAAACCCGACCAUGUUUCCGCGUCGCUCAAGUUUGCUACCGAGCAUAAUAUCCGUCUCGUCGUCCGCAACACCGGCCACGAUUACAAUGGCAAGUCGACCGGGGCGGGGGCUCUGGGACUCUGGACGCAUAACCUGAAGGAUAUUGAAAUCAACGACUACAAGGACAGCCACUACACUGGCAAGGCGAUCAAGAUGGGCGCAGGUGUGCAAGGCUUCGAGGCCUACCAGGCUGCCAACAAUACCGGUCUCCAGGUUGUCGGAGGCGAGUGUCCUACCGUGGGGAUCGCGGGGGGUUAUAGCCAGGGAGGAGGACACUCCGCCCUUGCGUCGCGAUACGGACUUGCAGCCGACCAGGUGCUGCAAUGGGAGGUGAUUGACGGUGAAGGAAACUUCCGCACGGCGACGCGCGACAACGAGAACUCGGACCUGUACUGGGCGCUGAGUGGAGGCGGUGGUGGUACCUAUGGUGUUGUGUGGUCGUUGACUUCCAAGGCGCACACCAGCACCCCUGUGUCGGGACUGAACUUGACCUUCACCAACGCCGGCAUCUCGCAGGAUACCUUCUACCAGGCUGCCGAGCUGUACCAUGAAACUCUCCCGUCGAUUGUUGACGCCGGCGCGAUGAGCGUGUGGUACUUUACCAACACCUCCUUCUACAUCUCCCCCCUGACUGGACCGAACAUUCCCGUCGCCGAUCUGGUGAAGCUGGUCAAGCCGUUCACCGACGGACUGACCAAGCUGGGAGUCAAGUACACGCUCUACUCGGAGCAGUUUACCAACUACCUGGAUGAGUUCAACACCAUGCAGAGCGAGAUCCAGGUCGGCAUCGCGCAGUACGGUGGCUGGCUGGUGCCGCGGUCGGUGGUACAGAACAACAACGCCGACCUGACAGCAGCGUACCGGCACAUCACCGAAGACGGCGCCACCUUUAUUGGUGUGGGUCUCAACGUCUCCAAACAAGUGGCCGGCGAUGUGAACAAUGCGGUGCUGCCCGCCUGGCGCGAGACUCUGAUUGACACGACCAUCACGACUCCCUGGGACUGGUACGCGCCCGAGUCGAAGAUGGUGGCAUUGCAGGACAAGAUGACCAACGAUUACAUUCCUCGUUUGGCCGCGCUGGCCCCGAAGUCUGGGGCGUAUAUGAACGAGGGCGACUUCCGCCAGCCCAACUUCCAGUCCGCCUUUUACGGCGUCAACUAUGAGCGUCUGCGCCAGAUCAAGGCCAAGUACGACCCGAAUGACAUUUUCUAUGCCAAAACGGCCGUCGGCUCCGAUGAAUGGAGUGUCAGUUCCAGUGGACGGUUGUGUCGGGCUUAG